UGCAUCAUCGCUGUAGGGCGCGUGACUCGGAGUCACGUGAUCGUCCAUGUCGCCGCUGAACACAAGGAAAAUACAACAAAAGUUCAUAAAAGCUCUAAUUGCGACACUAAGAAUGUUCAAUUUUCAAGUUAAAUUGACAUUUGUAAAUUUGUUUUGCGUCUUUGUAUCAGAAUAAUGUUGCUUAGAUCAUUCCAGCACAGCGCCGAGUGAAUGUUUAUGUUUUUGUGAAGCAUCAUUUAGCACUGGUCAUUUGGUGCUUUUGGCUGAAGAUGAAUGCUCUGGUUGCUCUCUGUCACUUCUGUGAGCUCCAUGGCCCACGGACUUUGUUCUGCACAGAGGCACUGCACCCUCCAUCCCUUUCUCCUUCACCUCAGGCAGGUGCUUCGGCAUCAGGGGAUGGUGACCGGGAGGGUGAAGGACUCACAAUGAGGGCCAACAGCUCAGCCACUCAGAGAGGAGAAAUGUGUGAGGGAUGUCGAUCUCUACCUGCAUCUCACCCAGGCUUUGUGAGCAUUGACGAUGAAACCGGAAUACGUUUCUUGAGUCACCAGCAUCCCAGACAGCAACAGCUUUUCAGCGUGGUCCGACAGGCCUGUGUGCGCAGUCUUAGCUGUGAGGUUUGUCCAGGCCGAGAAGGACCGAUUUUCUUUGGAGAUGAGCAACAUGGUUUUGUGUUCUCGCACACAUUCUUUAUCAAAGACAGCCUGGCCCGGGGCUUCCAGCGUUGGUACAGUAUUGUCAUGGUAGCCAUGGACAGAAUCUACCUUAUCAACUCAUGGCCUUUCCUCUUGCGCCACCUUCAACUUACUAUACAAAGCCUGCAAAGUACAGCUCUGAAGGUAUUCGACAAUGAGCAAGGAGUGUGUCCCCAGCGAGCAGUGAGGAUGAACAGUGUCUUUUCCCCAGUUUUUCCACACCAAAGGAGCGGUAAUGCAGCCCGGUCCCUAACCUCUCUUACCCAGCACCCUAACCUCUGGGCCAGCCUGCACACCUCCUUUAGCUGGCUGCUGAAAGCCUGUGGAAGCCGUCUGACAGAGAAGUUGCUGGAGGGGGCCCCCACUGAAGACACACUAGUGCUUAUAGAGCGACAGACAGAACAAGAAGAGGAAAUGAGCUGCUGGGAGGCUGCAGAAGGUACCUGCUCUAAAUCAGAACGGCAGCAAUCUGAGAGUAAGCUAAGCCUCAACUUCCUGUGUGAUGAAUCCAAAUUAGAAGACCUGCCUGGCCCAAAGUUUAGGUCACUGAGACACUUGAGACAGGUCCUUGGGGCUGUGGAGUUCCGUCAGUUAGCAUGGCACGUGCUCAUGGGAAAUCAGGUCAUAUGGAGAGGAGCAGACCCUGGCCUCAUCCACUCAGCUUUUACAGUACUGAAGUCUUUGCUCCCAGUAGGCUGUGUGCGUUCUGUUCCAUACAGUGGCCAGUAUGAGGAGGCUUAUAAAUGCAACUUCCUGGGCCUUAGGCCGGAUGUGCCAAUCCCAGCCCACGUCAGCUCCUCAGAGUUUUCAGUGCUGGUUGAUGUCAGCACAGAGAGAAAUUGUCAGAACUCAGCUGUUCUUGAAGAUGAUAUCUCCUCAUUUUAUCAGUUCACCAUCAGCAGUGCCAACAUGCAGCCUACAGACAGAGGUCCUACGUUAUUAAACAAGCUUGAGGUGGCCCUCUCUAAUGAGAACUUGUCUGUGGACGUGGUGUCUCACUGCCUGUUGUGUUUGAAGGAGGAGUGGAUGAACAAAGUCAAAGUGCUGUUCAAGUUCUCCAAGGUGGACGGCCGUGGGAAGGAGGACACUCAGAAGGUUCUGGCCCUCUUAGGUACCAUGGGACCUGGUGAAGAGGACAAUAUCAGGCUGCUCAAAUUCUGGAUGACUGGGCUCAGUAAAACCUACAAAAGUCAUUUGAUGAGUGCAGUGAGAGGAGGGGAAAGGAGCCCCAGCCAGUGAAGACCUCAGUUGGAGAAAA